AUGGUCGGUCAACUCGAUCUCGAUGAGGUUGUGCAGGAUAUUGAGGAAGCGAGGGAGCUUGGUCUGAACGGCUUCGCGCUCAACUUCGAUCAGUUCGCGUCUUGGUCCAACCAGACUGUUAAAUACAUGUUCGAUCACGCAGACUAUAUUGGCGGUUUCAGCCUUUUCUUUUCCAUGGAUCACCACCCAGGCUUAUUGGGGAAACCUACGAACUACGCCCAGUACUUCAACGAUCACAAGGGCCGUCCUUCCUAUCUUCUAAUGACGGACCCUUCCGAUGGCAAGACCAAGCCUGUCCUAUCGACAUUUGGUGGCGAGACCAUUUCCAACGACGAUUGGAACAAGUUCAAAGGAAAGGUGGGCAACGUCCUCGUCGUCCCUGGCUUCUCUGAGAUCUACAACCCCACCGCAAACUUCUUCAAUGACCGUGGCGCGAUUGACGGUGUGUUCAAUUGGAACUCAUGGCCUGCGACAAACGAAGGCAAAGUCGCCGUAUCUGACGCGACGGACCGUGUGUUCAAUGACGCCGCCAACAAGGCCAAGAAGCUGUUCAUGAUGGGCAUCUCACCUUAUCAAUGGAAGCAUUUGGACUAUAAGCAAAACUGGUACCGUCGCGGCGAAGACAACCUCGAGAACCGGUUCGGUCAGAUCCUCAGUGUCCAGCCUGAUAUGGUGCAGCUUCAGACCUGGAACGAUGCCGGCGAGGGCCAUUACAUGGGACACCUGCACUCGACGCCACUGAACGAAAACACAACGAAGGUCAUAACAGGGUACGACCAUACUGGAUACUGGCAGAUUCUGAAACCGUUCAUCGCUGCGUGGAAGCAAGGCGAUCGUACAACAGCUAACAUGUAUCCCACGAAUGGCAAACCUGUCCAAGGCACUUUCUGGCACCACACUCUUACCGUCAAUGGCAAAUGCACCAACGACGAGGUGCCGCCAUCCGCAGACAUAAAAAAGGCAGCUGAAGAUGCCGUGUCUGGCGUUCUACUCGUCGCCAAAGGCCAGACGAAUCUCAUCGCUGUUGUCAACGUUGGCGGAAAGAAGCUGGACCAAACGCAGAAACUCAAGCCAGGAUUUAACAAGUUCAAGUUCACCGGCCUGGAGACGUUGGUCCCAGGUAAGGUGCAGUUGGAGGUUUGGGAUGGAAGCACCAUGGUGGGAGGCGGGUAUGGAAGCAUUGAGGUGACGAAAUCGAAGCCGCUUUGCAACUACCAGUUCCAGGUCGUUGCGGUGCCUUCAUAG